AUGCAAAGAAAAAAGCAAUUAACUCGUAGAGAAGAUGAAAAGCCUAAAACUCAGGAUCAAAAUAAUUUCCUGAUGCCAUCACCAAAUCCGCAACUCGGAAAUUCUAAUAGCGAAAAUAACCAAUCUACAAGUGAUUCUAGUAGUUUUGCUUCCUCAACAGUUGCGCCUUCGUCUUUAAGUUUUCUUGAGGGCUCGGACAACAUAUCGCCUAAUCGAGGUCCAAAAGAUCCCGAGAAUAAAUAUAUGGAGAGAAUAGCAUUAACUUCUGCUUUUAUUGAAGGAGCUACGACCAAAAUAACGGAUGCCGUUUCUACAGUUCAUCCUGUGGUGGCUAAUAAUGAACUAAUAAAAAGGUUUAUUCCAUUUGUAAGUGAUGCAUGCAAAAUUAUCCUAUCAAUAAUAGACAUUUACAAAGCCGCUGAACAUAACAAAUCCAUUUGUGGCGCCAUCCUUGAUCGUGUAUACGUGGCUGAAGCUGUAAUUAAAUACCUUCACAUUCGUAGAGAUCAGAAGACGGAGUUUUUUAAUGAGAAAAACAUUAAAAUCGUCGAAAAUCUAAUAAAAUGUAUGAAGGAGAUGGAAAAGUUUUGCAAAGAUGUGUCUAAGGUGACAGGAUGGAAAAAAUAUCUAAAUGCUAAGCUCAUUGAUCAAGAUUUCAAAGAAUUGACAAGUAGAUUUGAAAUGUACAUGAAAACGUUACAUUUCGUUAUCAGCGUAGAAACAAAUACCCAGGCGAGAAAAGAAAGAAAAUUAAUAAAGCAAGAUAUUAAGAACACGAAAGAGUAUUUGAAAAUGAUUAACUACAAUAUCUCCCAGGCGAUCGAAAUUCAAGAAGCGAAUGAGGCUUAUAAGAGGCACAAAAAUUAUGACAUUAAGCCUUCGGAACCACUUAAUAUUUUGAAUUAUGAGCUUAUACAGAAAAUUCCCAAAACUAAAGUUGAACUUCGUAGACGAAAUUUUGAUCAUCAACUUUUUGCCUUUAAACUGAUACCCGACGUUAUCCCUCUCUCUUCUAAUUCAGCCGAAACGCAAGAGGAAACGGCAGAAAUGCAAAAUGAUC